UUCAAGUAUUCUCCUCUUAUAGCCAAUUGGGACAAAGCAUAUGAUAAGAUCUUCCAAUCAGUUUCGACAAAGCCUGUCCACUGUAUCGUGGAAGUAUAAAUGGCCCCACCCACCGAAUUUGGUAUCACACUGACUUCUUACUACAGACUCCUAAAGGUCUGCCUGUAAGUGUUGAACUAAAAGAAGAUUCAUUUUCUCCGCACCACAUCUUGAAUCUUCUCAACUUUAACAUGCGUGAGUGCAUCUCCGUCCACGUGGGUCAGGCUGGAGUCCAGAUUGGCAAUGCCUGCUGGGAGCUCUACUGCCUGGAGCAUGGGAUCCAGCCGGACGGACAGAUGCCCAGUGACAAGACCAUCGGAGGAGGAGAUGACUCCUUCAACACUUUCUUCAGUGAGACUGGGGCUGGAAAGCAUGUCCCCAGGGCUGUGUUUGUGGACCUGGAGCCCACAGUUAUUGAUGAGGUGCGAACUGGGACCUAUCGCCAGUUAUUCCAUCCUGAACAGCUCAUCACUGGCAAAGAGGAUGCUGCCAACAACUAUGCCCGUGGACACUACACUAUUGGCAAAGAGAUCAUUGACCUGGUGCUGGACAGGAUCCGCAAACUGGCUGACCAGUGCACAGGCCUUCAAGGCUUCCUGGUUUUCCACAGCUUUGGAGGUGGCACCGGCUCUGGUUUAACCUCCCUGCUGAUGGAGCGCCUGUCGGUUGACUACGGCAAGAAGUCCAAGCUGGAGUUCUCCAUCUACCCAGCUCCCCAGGUGUCCACAGCUGUGGUGGAGCCCUACAACUCCAUCCUGACCACCCACACCACCCUAGAGCACUCUGACUGUGCCUUCAUGGUGGAUAAUGAGGCUAUCUAUGACAUCUGCCGUAGGAACCUCGACAUUGAGCGUCCUACCUACACCAACCUCAACAGGCUCAUUAGCCAGAUCGUUUCCUCCAUCACUGCUUCCCUUCGAUUUGAUGGUGCCCUCAAUGUUGAUCUGACAGAGUUCCAGACCAACUUGGUGCCCUAUCCCCGUAUCCAUUUCCCUCUGGCCACCUAUGCCCCAGUUAUCUCUGCAGAGAAGGCUUACCAUGAGCAGUUAACUGUCUCUGAAAUCACCAAUGCCUGCUUUGAACCGGCCAAUCAGAUGGUGAAAUGUGACCCUCGCCACGGCAAGUACAUGUCAUGCUGCCUUCUGUACCGUGGUGAUGUGGUGCCCAAAGAUGUCAAUGCUGCCAUUGCCACCAUCAAGACCAAACGUUCCAUUCAGUUUGUUGACUGGUGUCCAACUGGUUUCAAGAUUGGCAUCAACUACCAGCCGCCCACUGUAGUCCCUGGUGGAGACCUGGCUAAAGUCCAGAGGGCUGUGUGCAUGCUGAGCAACACCACUGCUGUGGCAGAGGCCUGGGCUCGGCUUGACCACAAGUUUGACCUGAUGUACGCCAAACGUGCCUUUGUGCACUGGUAUGUGGGUGAGGGUAUGGAGGAGGGAGAGUUUGCUGAGGCCAGAGAGGACAUGGCAGCCCUGGAGAAGGAUUAUGAAGAGGUGGGACGUGACAGCGGUGAAGAAGAUGAGGACGGAGAAGAGUAUUAGAAAUGGCUGUCUUUCUUUCUCUGUCUUUCAAACUCUUUAUCAUAGAUCCACUCUUUUCUUUUCAUUUCCCUUUUCCAUAUAUCCACCUGUUUCUUUUCAUCCCCCCUUUCUAUUGAUCCACAUGUUCCAUUAUUUCCAUCCCUACACUGGUCCAAAACUCCUAACCUCAAUCAAAAAGCACUUUCAUGUUGACAAUAAAUUGACAUUGUAUGGAAAACUACAA